CAGUCUGAAUGUAUCUCAAUUAUGUCCAAAAAAGCAACACUGCUGGAUUAAGCUUAUUCCACUUUUUUGUGUCAAGAAAAUGUAUCUCAACAGAGAGAACAAAUAUAAAUUGAGCAGUUACAGUAGUUGAAUCAUGACUGAAAAGACUAUGUAGAAUGACCCCUCUGUAAUGCAGUGGUCUGGGUGGAAUAAAAUACUGUUGUGUUAUAUAAGGAUGUCAUUUCUUCUGCUUGUGUUUUAAAACAUUCAGUAUAAAACUGUUUUUACUUCAUAACUAGAACAUAGGAAGCUGACAUUCCCUGUGUUUCCUGUAGUACUGAAAGGCAGCAUUUGAUCUAACGUGACCAUGAUGCAUUGCGAUCAGCUGACACAGUGAACUGGGAUCAGAGAUGGGCCACGGGUGGAAGUGAGAGAUCAUUUUUGUGUUACACAGCAAAGAUGUCGGCGAUGUUCUACGUUGUCUAAAUUAAAAUAAACCCUCCAACUUUACGGUGUUUUCCACCACUGCUGGUGUCUGACAUAUAGUGACAUUAUAUCACACGAUGGAGAAGAUUAUUUUUGAGACUCUGAAGUGAAACGUUGUUUUUAGGUGUUUUAAUAGCAUUUUCAAAUCAACGACCCACCCAUGAUUCAUUGCGGGAGCAACAGUAAUUGUGUGUUUUUUGCCCAGUGAAUGACCUUUCAGGAAAACCUAUCUAGAAGCUGUGGGACCUUUAUAAGUUGCAGAAAGUAGCGUUGUUUAGUUUAAUGCUAAAUACGACUAUCUAGGGUCAGAGCCCUGAGAAGAGUUGGAAGUCUGCGGACUGUGACGAAUGUCUGCCUGGCAGCCACUCUUCAGGGUAAAGAUUCCCCGGUUUAUAUGUAGCUGACUGCAGUGCCCUCCACUGGUGUUAAAGCUAGUUGUAGCAGAUCGGCGCUCUCUUCGGUAAACAGUCUCUGUACUUUGCCUUCUUGACACACCUUUUGUUGUCUCGUCGAGCUGGAGUCAGCUAACGACUGCUACCGAGCAUCACCCGCGUCGACUGCCCGACAGCGGUGAAGUGAAGUUGGGGCGAAAGAGUUACUCUGAAGCCAAGGGAGCCGAGAAGUGACGGCCAACACCCUGCCAGGAUGAGUGGUGAUGAAUUGAACCCAGCUGCAGUGCCUCAGCCUGCUGAGGAUGUGCAGGGAGAUGGACGGUGGAUGUCACAGCACACAAGAUUUGUGCAGGAGUGUAAGGAUGGUGAACCAGACGUGCUUUUUGUAGGGGAUUCUAUGGUACAACUAAUGCAGCAGUAUGAGGUCUGGAGGGAGCUGUUCUCUCCUCUCCAUGCGCUCAACUUUGGCAUUGGAGGGGACACCACCUGUAAUGUGCUGUGGAGGCUGCAGAAUGGAGAGCUGGAGAACAUCCGUCCCAAGGUGGUGGUGUUGUGGGUAGGAACCAACAAUUACGAACACACAGCAGAGCAAGUUGCAGGAGGAAUUCUUGCCAUUGCACAACUGCUUACCUCCCGCCUCCCCAAGGCAAAGAUAGUUGUACUGGGUCUGUUGCCUCGAGGGGAGCGGCCCAACCCUCUGAGAGAGAAGAACGCUGCCGUUAAUGGAUUGCUGCGCUCCUGGCUGCCGCGUCUAGGUCAGGCUCAGUUACUGGACUUGGGCGGAGAGUUUGUCCACUCCGACGGAACCAUCAUCUCACAGGACAUGUUUGACUUCCUCCACCUGACGUCGACAGGUUACCGCACCGUGGCCAAGCCCCUCAGUGACCUGCUGCUUCAGAUACUGGAUGAGACGCCGGAGGAGAGACGGGCGUCACUGGUUUGAGGGCCACGGCCGAGCUACACAUUUAUCCAGAGGCAUGUCUCACCCGCUGCUGUGGGGGUGGGGGGAGACGUGCCCCUGGUGUCUGGAGGAGGAAGGGCUCACUCAUUCAGGGGUUGGGAGAGGUACCCCGAUGUGAGUGGGCCCACGAGGGGUGUGGGAUGACAUUGAUGAGUGGAGGUUUGGGUGUGGAGAGGUGCUGAAGAGGGAGAGAGACCUCACUACAGACGUAGACACUGUGAUUGCAGUAGUAAGCUCUAUUGCAAAAGGAUUUACCAAGGUCAGAAUACUCUGAAUCAUAGACAGAUAUACUGAGAUCACGUGGGACUGCAGUGGUGCGCACACACACAAACACAUACACACAUACAUUAAUUUUGGCCUGUGGAUAAAAUAAGUGUUUCUCUCUGUCACCUUUGCCACAGAGACAUGAUACAAAACAGACGAACACAAUAUAACUUCUUCCCUCAUGUUUUGUUUGAUGUCUGCAAAACUAUUAACUGUGCAGCCUCUCUGUUAACACAUAAGAAGUCAUGCGCACAACACACAGCAGGCAGGUUAUCCAACAUUGUAUAAUGUUAUGAGUCUGACCAGUAUAAUACAGAGCAGCGGUUCCCAACCUAAUGUUCAUGAAAAAUCUGAGAGGUCACAAGAAGGAAAAGUAUUUCUGUUACACAAAACUAUAUUUAUUUUGUCUGAUAUUUCUCUAUUUUUUAAAAACGUGGAACACUGAAUACUUUCAUUUCUAAAGAUCCAAAAAACCCAAAUGAAACAAUUGAAGAAUUAAAAAUCACUCUGAGUACACAGGUCAGAAAUGUUUGUCUGUCAUGUUUACUGCUGAGAUGCACACUAUGUAUUGCAGUGAGCAGUAUUUUAAAAAUAACUCACACAGUAAGAUGAUUUUGCUUACAGUGUAAUCCUGCAACACAAACAGCAUAUAAAAUAAUUUACACAGAAUUUUACCCUGAUAGUUUUGUCAGUCCACUUCUUUAUGUGUACUAUUUCAUAUACUUCUCAUAUACCAGAUAACGAGCACCUAAUCAACUAAAUUUUCACUUUUAACUUGGUGUGUAACUAUUUAAAUGUCUUUACGAACUGUUAAUCGAUAUAAAAUAGAUCAGUGGAUAUCUGGAGAGACUGCACACAUUUUAGAUCACUACUUCAUUUUGUGUCACUUGAAACCAUCACUGAACUUAAGAGUUCAAAACAAACCUGAUGUCGGUGUUCGCUGCAUGCAUGUUUUGAGGUGAACCUCAGCUUUGGUGUAGAGAGUUGGCCAACGCUUCUGUGUUACAUUAAGUGUAUAUUAAUUAUUUAUGUACAUUAAAUGAGUGAAUGUCAAUCAAAGUCACAUAUUCAUAUGUAUCAAUUAGUGAUGUUAUGCUGUUAAAUCUACUUGUCUGAUAAUCUGCAUAGGUCUUCCAAACACCCACAAACCCCGCUGCUUUCGUGCAAAGUUUUGAAUUUUGAGACGAACAGGUGGUUUGUCACAUUUGCUCCAGUCCCCCUGCCAUCAUCUUACAUUUCAAAUCUUGAGUUAUUCCUUAUGGAUACACACUGAUGUGGGACACGCACAGAUUUUUCCUGCGUCUGUCUCACACUAAUAUGUCCAGAUAUUCAUAGUCAGACUCUCAGACUUUGACUAGCUCUCUCUCCCUCUCCCUCCUUAAUAUGUGAAUAUACAGUAUUUCCUCUUAGAUGCACCUCUUCAUUCUGUUUCUCCCCUCCUCAUUAUUUCUAUCCCUGUUGUGUUCAUAGUUGACGCCAGCCUUUGUCACGCUAAGACCCUUACAUCUCUACAUGGUAUAGUUAUUGAGGGUUUUAUUUUCUCUCUUCUUUUUUUUUUUUUUUUUUUUUUUUAAGGAAUAAAAAGUAGCCACUUGGUCAAGCUACUGGACACAGCUAUAUUAAAUAUUGUCACACAAAAAUGCUAAAAAAGUGAGCACAGGUCAUGUAAAUAAAAGCAUUCGUCUGUGAGCUUCUACUUUCAAAUCGUGGCUGAGAGUCUCGUCACGCAUCAAAUUAUACUGCUGUCUUAAGCUCUGCACAUUGGCGUGCUGUGUUAAAUAUAAAUAGUGUAUGUGUGUGCCUUAAGUGUUCAUGGGGAUGGUUGUGCACAGUAUGUCUGGUACUGGAUUGUGUAAGUUGGAUGUAUGAGUGUCUAGAAGUGACCCCCGGUUGUAUAUAAGACACAUGAAGCUUGAGAACGUAAUGCUUGAGGAGGGUUCAGAUGGUGGGAACCUGUGUGUUUGGUGCAAUACGGCAUUUGCACUGUUUUGACUCGUUGUCACGUUAUUGCGUUAAAGCAUUCCAAUAAUAAAAAAAAACCAACAAGGA